GGGCUAAAACAGCUUUGAUCAGAACGCGAGUGAAUCAGUGUAAAACGCAGAUUCUGGAAAUGCCCUGAGUUCCAAAGAUACAGCGUUCCAUGGGAUAGCACGACCACCGGCGAAGAGCAACAGGGUGACAUCUUGCCCACUUCUCCCAGACAGUGUGGGAAGAGUUUCACUCAGUUAAACCAAAGCAAACUGAAGUCACUGUCAUGUUCGUGGAGCCAGCGUAUUCACGUUGCAAACGGGUAGACUGCAGCCAAAAAGGGAUGCAUAGGCUACGGUCACCAACAAUGAUUUGGCAUGAUGUGGUUAGGAUGAUGCUCAAUGUGUAUUAACGGAUAUUUCCCCUGUAAUCAUGCACGCACGAGCAGAUCUCUGCGCGCAUCAUCCCAAUCAGCAGAUCGCCGGUUUUAUGUCGUACUAUUGUUCAGCAGGUGGAGACAUCCAUGAGCCAAUCACCUUGAUGUCGACGUGAUCGGAAAGAAGCAAACAUUUAGAAUUUCAGUUAAUAAGCGGAAAGAAAGGUGCCAGUUUCUCGGAGACAACCGUACAACUCUGAUCAGUAGGCUACUGGGAACAUUUCAGCCUGCAAAGCGGCCCGGGAAAACCAAUAAGAAGUUUACCAAAUAUUUUCUUCGCUGAAGAUUAGUUACCUUGUUUGUCGUCCAUCGCAGCAUUUGAUCGGGCGCUUAUUAUUAUGCCUGGUCGGAAGAGCGAAGCUCUUGCAUUUUCCCUUGUGUCAGGGAUCAAUCUGGCAAUGGCACGACUAGCGGACAUUUGGGAUAGCAUCGGAAUCAUGGAGGACCAGCGGGUGGAGCGCAUGCAGACUGUGAAGAAGCACAUUGAGGGUCUUCUGAAUCAAAUGAUUUCAGAGGAGGAAUAUUUGAAGAAACGCAUUGGAAACAAUAUCAACACUUUCCAGAAGCAGCUGGAGAUCUUGAGUAUGGAGAUGUCUGUGGAACCUUUUGAACUGGAGGAUGACCUCACCGUGCUGCAGAUGGAGAAGAACCUGCGCCUGCGGGUGGAGGUGCUGGAGAAGGAGCGGGGCGAGCGUCUGAGGGAGCUCCGGACCCUGCAGGAGCAGGACGAGGAGCUGUGCGAGGAGCUGAGCGCCACGCCCUUCUACCUCCCCCCCGGCAGCCUGCCCACCCGCGCUCAGCUGCAGGAGCUGCGCCUGCACAUCCACACCCUGGGCCAGGAGAAGAGGAGCAGGGUGGUGGUGUUCUCGGGUCUCAGGGAGGACAUCCGGGGUGUCAUGGCGGAGAUGGGCCACGAGCCGGAGACCAGUCUGGAGAAGGAGGCCGUGUGUGACGACACCGACACCUUCCUGCUCACGCACGACAACAUCAAAGCCCUGCAGCUGCUGCUGUGCCAGCUGGAGAUGAAGAGAAAGUCGCUCACGGCGCUCAGAGAUGAGCUGAGGGGAAAGGCCUUGUGCCUGUGGGCCCGGUUGGAGAGCCCGGAGCAGGAGCAGAGGGCGUUUCGGGACGCCCUCCCCAGGACCCUGUCUGAGGAGAUUACGCAGUGGCAAACGGAGGUGGAUCGGCUCGCCCUGCUGCAGAAGGCCAAGAUGGAGGAGGUGAUCGACAAGAUUCGGCAGGAGCUGGUGGCGCUGUGGGACCGGUGCAUGUUCGGGCCCAAGCAGAGAGAGCCCUUCAACACCCACUUCUGCAGCAGUAGCUUCACAGAGGAGCUGCUGUCCCGCCACGACGAGGAGCUGCUGAAAGUGAAGGCCUUCUACGAGAAAGCUCGCCCCCUGCUGGAAACCGUGGAGAGGUGGAACAAAAACUGGGUGCUCUUCCACGAUUUUGAGAAAAAAGCGUCCGAUCCCAAUCGCUUCUCCAACAGAGGGGGCGCUCUGCUCAAAGAGGCCAAGGAGAGGGUGAGAGUUCAGAAGCUGCUUCCCAAGCUGGAGGAGGAGCUGAGGAGCGGGGCGACGGCCUGGGAGAAGGAUCAUGGGACGGUUUUCCUGGUGUGGGGCGAGAGGGCCGCUGACCGCAUCACCAGCCAGUGGGAGGAGCUCCAGCUGCAGCGGGGGAAGGAGAAGACUGAGCGCAUGACAAAGAAAGGAGAGAGCACUCCAGUGAAAGCUCAGGGGAAGAGAUCCCAAACUGGAGCCAGUGGAGGUGUGACACCCAGCAAAACUAGAAAGGGGCCCAACCAGACGAUGCUGCGUACGAACAGCAUCAGCUCGUCCAGCUCCAGCAGCAGCACCCCCAGCGCCUUCCUCAGUGUGUCCAUCAGGCCCACACUGUCCUCUCAGAAGACCCAGCAGAAGAACAGGACUCUGGACGUGAGCCAGCGCACCCCCCUGCAGGAGUUCAGCAGCGAAAAGAAGCACUCGAGGGUCGGCAGCUACUCGGAGUUCACCAGUGAACUGUCCAGGAAGGUGAGCGGAGACGCGAUCCUGAACUCCACAGCCAAGGACAUCCUGUGAUGGCCGCCUUACGCUGUUCCUCAGUUCAGAAGUGCCUUUAUCCGAGUCAGUCUAAUACAGUUCAGAAGUGCCUUUAUCCGAGUCAGUCUAAUACAGGGAUGAUAAUUUAUUUUAGCCUUUGCUUUUUUAGGGAUGAUCAUUUUUUUGAGAGAACUUUGAGAGAAUUUUGAAUUAGUGUAUCGUCUGUCAUGAUUGUGAUUGGAAAGGGGGUUUGUUUUGUUUUUUUUUUUUACCAAAUUGUGGUCAUAGUGGUAUAGCAGUGUGUAAAAGCUCUGCUGCUUCUGCAGGAGUUUGCUGUUUCUUAAGUAAAGCAAGCAUACAGGGAUGAAUUGCUGCAGAGUCUGGAGGUUCUCAGGUUCAGUAAUGAAAGCAGCUUGAACCCGUUUAUUAUUUUUAAAUGAACAUUUUGUUUUCAGAUGUGCUCUCAGUUGUUGCUGUUAGUUUUUAACCAUUUUAUUAAACAUCAUUUCCAGAGUUUGUAUCGCAUGCUCAGAAGGCAUAUUUAGCUUUUAAAAGUUUUACUUUUAUCCUCAGAACCAGACUUUUUUUUACCCUGUGAUUUAAUCUUCGGGCAUGCUCCAGUCUUUGUACGUAUUCUGGCCCUUGAAAAGAGGUGUUCAUACAUUUUAUUCUUUUAGGCAACAUUGAUUGGUGCCGUUCUCUUCUGAAAACCCUGUUACUUGAUUUGUUUUGUCUGUCUGCAUCAUUUUUUGUUUUCAAAUAAAUAUGUAAAUAUUGCA